UACUACAACAGAAUUCACCCACAAUUUAGAAAUGGAUAAAACGAGUAUUGCUAUAAAUAUAAUGUUACUCUUUUGUGCUGCAAGUGCGGAUCCCAGAACAUUUCCAAGGACUAUUUCUUUUGGCACAGGAUCAUCGGCUUAUCAAAUUGAAGGAGCCUGGAACGAAGAUGGAAAAUCUGAGAACAUAUGGGAUCAUUGGAUUCACGAGGAUCCCUCACGCAUAAAAAUUAAUGCCACUGCCGACAUCGCCUGUAAUUCUUACAAUAAGAUGUUAACAGACAUUUAUUACGUAUCAAAAAUAGGCGUCCAACAUUACCGUUUCUCCAUACCAUGGAGCAGGAUACUGCCAACUGGAUUUGCGGAUGAAAUCAACAUGAAAGCCAUUCUCCAUUACCAAAAUAUGUUAAAAUAUUUAAAAUAUUACAAUAUAACGCCAGUAGUGACGCUCUAUUACCAUGACUUACCCCAGUCCCUGCAGGAUAUAGGGGGUUGGACAAAUCCAAUGAUGGCCAAAUACUUUGCAGACUACGCUCGAGUUUGUUUCCAGUUUUUCCGCAGUGUUGAAUAUUGGAUAACAUUUAACGACCCAAAAGCCACCUGUAGAAGAGGAUAUGGAUCAGGGACAUUUGCACCAGGUAUAAACUCAGAUGGAGUCGGAGAAUAUCUAUGCACCUACACAGUUCUAAAGGCACACGCUGCAGCUUACCAUUUGUACAAAGAAGAAUUUAAAGGUUUGAAAGGUAAAAUGUCUAUGGCAAUUGACAUGGUGUGGUACGAACCAUAUUUCGCGAAUGACAAGGCUGCUGUGGAAAGAAAAAUCGCUUUUGAGUUUGGUUUGUACGCUAAUCCCAUUUAUAAAGGGAACUGGCCCCAAGAAGUUAUAGAUAGGGUUGACUACAGAAGCGAGAAGGAAAAUUUCACAAAAUCUCGCCUCCCUAAAUUCACCGAUGAAGAAAUUAAUUACAUAAAGGGUACUUCGGAUUUCAUGGCAAUCAGCCUGUUUUACACAAUCAUUGUAAAAGAUAUUAAAGAAGCUGAAUUUGGUGACCCCAGCUACAUGAAGGAUGUAAAGGUGGAAUUGUAUUUAAGAACAAGUUGGAAACUGGCAGUAAAUGGGCAACCGAUUGUUCCACAAAGUGCUAGGCAGGCCUUGGCUUGGUUGAGUUCGUCAUUUGAUGAUCCUGAAAUAUUUAUUACAGGAAACGGUAUUCCAGACAGCGCUAAACUUGGAGACAAAACCAGAGUCAGUUACUUUCGGGAUUAUCUCAAAGCAAUACUUGAUGCAAUCGAGAAAGACGGAGUGAAUGUUAUUGGGUACACAGCUUGGAGUUUUUUGGAUAGUUUCCAAUGGACAGAUGGAUACACUUAUAAGUUUGGCUUUUAUUGGAUGGAUUUUGAAAAUGGUUAUAGACUGGAGAAAGAUUCUUUAGUGUUUUAUCGGCAAGUCGCUAAAACGUUUACUAUACCCGAAGAAGUAACCACAACAACUUCCGCUGUUACAACUGACGUUACUGAUCCUACUGUUUCAGAUACCACUCCCGGAUCUGCCACAAAAAUGGCCUUAUAUUCUUCAGUAAUAUUAACAAUAGUAAUUAUACUCCAAGUAUUACUUUAAAUCAAAAAAUGAAUAUGACAUGCUUUGAGCAGUACCUACGAAUUGCAAUAUUUUUUAUUAAAUCUAGUCAAUAUUCUAUUUACUUCAGGAACGCGAUUCUUGUAUUAAGAGAAGUAGUAUCUCCUAUGAGAAAAUGACGUCACAUUUCCAAGUUGUCUCUUCCAAUCUUUAAAUGUUUAGGUACAUCAUAUUUAUAUAAUUGUCUUAUAGAAAUUAAUUCAAUUCGAGAACAGAAUUCCAGA